AUGAAGAAACCAGAGGUUAAUACAAACACUGUUAUCAAAUCCAUCAAGCAAAGAUUCUCAAGCGUUUUUGAACAAUGUAUUGGUAAAACCCCCAACUUCACAUGCUCUUUAAAACUAAAGGAUAAUUCAAAACCUGUGUAUUUGAAAGCCAGACCGGUACCUCACGCCCUUCGAGAAGCUGUUGAGAACGAACUAUUUAAACUGGAAAAGGAAGACAUAAUAGAGAAAGUGGAUCAAUCUGAGUGGGGCAGUACUUUUGAAGAAUGCAAAUCUAGGCUCAUAAAGAAGUUAGAAAAAUUAGAACAACACAAUCUACAUGUGAAUGUUGAAAAAUGCAAGUUUUUUGAGAGAAAGGUGCAGUAUCUGGGUCAUAUCAUCAGCAAAGAUGGUAUUCAGAAAUCACCAGAAAAGGUGAAGGCAAUCCAGGAUGCUCCGCGCCCGUCAAAUAUCACAGGAGUGCGUCAGUUCCUUGGACUAGUACAGUACUAUUCGAAGUUCAUCAAAGAUGCAUCUACACUGCUUAACCCUUUACAUCAGCUUCUAAGGAAAGACAAACGUUUUCAUUGGUCCCAGGAAUGUGAAAAAGCAUUUACUUGUGUAAAAGAACAAAUAGCAAGCGACACAGUUCUUACUCCAUACAACCCAGACUUGCCCGUGGUACUCGCCACAGAUGCUAGUCCUGUUGGCUUAUCAGCUGUGCUGUCUCAUAAAAUGCCAAAUAAUGAAGAGAGGCCCAUUGUGUUUGCCAGUAGAUCCCUCACUGCUGCAGAGCGCAAUUAUAGCCAAUUAGACAGAGAAGCAACUGCUGUAUAUUGGGGUUGUAAAAAAAUGUUUGAUUAUAUAUACGGAAGAAAGUUUACUCUUGUCAUUGACAACAAACCACUGAUGACCAUAUUCCAUCCAGACAAGAAACUACCACUGUUGACAUCAUCCAGGAUGCUUAGAUACGCUCAUUUUCUUUCAGGAUUUGAUUAUGAGAUUGUACAUAAAAAAUCAAGUGACCACUGUAAUGCAGAUUACCUCUCAAGACAUCCCUUACCUAUAAAAGAAGAGAUUAUCAAUGUUGUUGACGAAGAUUACACUGUUCGUAGAGACACAAUACACUGCAUAACAACCGAUACAAUCAUGGCUAAAGACAUAGAAAAAGAAACAUCACUUGAUGAAGAACUCUCUCGUUUAAAGGAAAAACUCCUAAAUGGAGAAGUGGCUGAUCCAGAAAUAUCACUUCAAGAUGGAAUUAUUUUUAGAGGAAAUCGUGUUAUUAUUCCAAAAAAGCUACAACCGAAAAUCCUUCAAGAACUACAUUCAACUCAUGUAGGAAUAGUGCGGAUGAAGAGUCUAGCAAGAAACUACUGCUACUGGAAAAAUAUUGAUACAGAUAUUGAGAGUAUGGUAGCAAGUUGUAAAGCAUGUUGUGAGAACAAGAAAAAUCCAGAGAAGGCUCCUACCCAUGUUUGGGAAGUACCAAAACGCAAUUGGCAGCGAGUCCACAUAGAUUAUGCAGGACCUUUUCUACAUCACAACUUCUUGAUUGUUGUAGAUGCUAGGUCAAAGUGGCCAGAAAUAUAUCCAAUGAAAAGUGCACCAACAACUGCCAGUACUAUUCAUCACCUGAGAGAAAUAUUCAGUCACCAUGGCCUACCAGAAAUAUUGGUCAGUGACAAUGCUACAAUUUUCAAAUCAGCAGAGUUUCAAGCAUUCUGCAAACGCCAAGGAAUAAGACAACGAUUCAUUGCACCAGGAAACCCCUCUACAAAUGGCCAAGCGGAAAGAUUUUGCCAAACACUCAAGACAAAACUGAGGUGCAUGCAGUUUGAACCGGGCACUCUACAUGAAAAACUAUGUGCACUAUUAUUUCGGUACCGAGCUACACCACUAAGUACUGGUGCAUCCCCAGCACAAUUAAUGUUUGGCAGGAACUUGAGAACAAAGCUAGAUCUCUUAAGGCCCAGUGAAGAUGACAAAAAUGAGGCUCAACAACCAUUAUUUAACAAGCAUUACAAUAUUGGCGAGAGAGUACAGUCAAGAAAUUAUGCAGGCUCAAAUCUGUGGAAAUUUGGAACUGUGGUGGAAAGACUAGGGCGACUUCACUACCUUGUAGAACUGGAUGAAGGGUAUGUAAUCAAACGGCAUUUCAAUCAACUUCGAGCUUGUGAAGUGCCAAAAGAUUCUGCUUCUUACAAAAGCCCUCUACUUAGCUCAUUGCCCCAAACAAAGCAGGGAUGUCCAAACAGACGAUGUGACUAA